CCCAGGAAUAUAAAAGUGCAGCUACAGACAAUGCAAAAUAUCACAAUGGUACAAUUCAUCACAAUGGUAAUAACACAGAUUCCCAAAACUACAUCAAAACUGCUGAAAAUGAAGAUAUUGCUACGUUUAAAACUGAAGUGAAAUUCUUACAAGGAGAAUCAUCCCUAAAAUUUAAAAUGGAAGAUGAUGAAAAUGUAUCUACAGAUAAUACAAAAUAUCUCAAUGAUACAGCAAAUGGGAAUUCUAGCAAAAAUAACAAAUCUGCUAAAAGUAAUCCUAACCAAGAUAUUGGUACAUUUAAAACUGAAGUGAAAUUCUUACAAGGGGAAUCAUCCCUUAAAAGCAUCACUCAAACUUGUACAAAUUCUCCUGGCCCUAUAGAUUUUGAUAAAGAUACAGAGAAAAAUCUAAAUGAUAAGAUACGUGAAAUGGCACGGAAAGAUCCAUUAGCUUCAUAUGCUCCACCUACAUAUGCAAAUAUGUAUAAAACAAACAAGAGGAUACAAGAAAAGUUAAAAACUUAUAGAUCAAGAAUUCCACAAUUGCUGGAGCUUCAAAUGAAGGAGAAAACGCAUCUGCCACCUCAAACAAUAAACACUCAGAAUGUGCGUAAACCUGGGUCAUAUGAACAGAGAAUCAAAUACCAAAAAUCACUGAAACUGAGAUCUGAUCCAAACCAUCUGAUCAAACAUUCAAACAUUCUAAUACAAACUCAAAACAAUAUGACUGGCCAUCCAACUGUGAAUUAUCAAAACCCUACAUCAGAUAAUCUUCAAGAUAACACGGAUAAUCAUGAUGAUAGCCCAGUUCACGAUAAAGACAAUGCAGAUAAUCUUCAAGAUAAAGCAGAUAAUAACCCAGUUCAUGAUAAAGACAAUGCAGAUGAUCUUCAAGAUAAUGCAGAUAAUGAUGAUAAUAACCCAGUUCAUGAAAAAGACAAUGCAGAUAAUCUUCAAGAUAACGCAGAUAAUAUUGAUAAUAACCCAGUUCAUGAUAAAAACAACAUAGAUGAUCACAAAAAAAACACGGACAACCAUAACUAUAAUGCAGAUAGUUCUAAAUCAGAUGAGAUUUCAAGAGUGGAAAAUGAUUAUGCGGAAAGAAUGGAUCAUCAAUUCGUUUUAAAAUUUAGAGAUAUGUUAAAGGACUAUUUAGGAGCUGUGAAUCAAGUCAUUCACUCUGCUGAAGACAUUGCUGCUGCUAAUGAUGAACAGUCAAACAAGGGAAAACAAAUGAGUGACGAAAAUGGAACAGGACAUGAAGAAAUACAUGACUUGAAGAUGUUCUGAAUGAAAAAAACAAAAGUCAAUGUUGAAGGUGUAAAUGUACAUGAUCUAUACAUGUACCAGGUUGAUCAAUAAGUUCUGAGAAAAACCCUCAACAUGCCAAAAAUGUUCUUCCAGUUAAGUAUUUGACUUGUGUUUUUUAUAAGUGCCUAAGGGCAAUUGACAUUAUUACAUACAGUUUAUGUACUUAUGCAAAAAUAACAGUAACCAAAGAAACAAAAUGCUAUAUACUUUUGAGUUUAAAUGAUGUUUGCUCAAACAAUCCAAAUAUUAAUCUUAAUUUGCCAAAUGUAAUGAAAGAAACUAUUUUCUUUUCGGGAAUAAUUACUUAACAAUAAAGGUUACUGAAAGAUUGUUUUUAGCAGUACACAAAUACAUAAAACAUACCAUAAACAUCAUAAAUGUAAGAUUUAGUUUUCGACCUGAGAUCUAUUCCCC